UUGAUACACUUUAAUAAUAAUAAACUUAUGCAUAUGGUUUUACAAGAGGCCGCUCCACAGACGAUGCUGGCAUUUAAUUAAUUUUCGAGAUUUUAAAUGCUUGGGAAAAUUCUCAUGAUGCCAUUGGAGUUUUUUUGCGAUUUAUCAAAGGCUUUUGACUGUAUCCAUCACAAAAUCCUAAUCAAUAUCUUCAACACUAUUGCAUGGAAUCAUACCUGAGCGAUAGAAUUCAAAAGGUUACUGUAAAUGGAGCUAUAUCACAGGGAUCGGGAUCCUCUGUUACUAUGGGUGUAUCGCAAGGCUCCACACUUGGUCCCUUCGUAGUCCUCGUCUAUAUAAAUGACCUACUAUUUCUUGUAAAAGAGCUUCACGAGAUAGUACUGUUUGCUGACGACACUUCGCUUUUAUUUAAAGUGAAAGAACGAAAUCCAUCACUUGAGAAUGAAAACAGUGCCAUCUCCAGUGUAGUUCACUGGUUUAAUACAAAUAAUCUUAAGCUAAACGGAAAGAAGACAAAAUGUAUUAAACUUGUAACUACAAAUGGAAAAAGUAGUAAUUUUAAAAUCCAAUCCUUUGAUAAAUCGUAACGAUUGUGAAACAGUAAAACCAUUCUGCUAACUUUGCAAAAGAUUGUAAUUAUUAAAGAUAUUGAUUGCUCAAGCAUUAUUUCUUUACGUAUUUAAACAAUGCAGGCAACAUAGAUACAUCAAUACAAUCUAAACAUUUAUCCUAAGUUUAUUGUUUACCUAUAUGUUAUUACUCUCAGUUUAUUAGAUUAGAUAAUGUGUAUAAAAGUGUAGUAAGACCACACACCCAUCUUUUUGUUUUAUAGUGUUUGUUUUUUUUAAACGUCAUUAAGCAAUAGUUUAAGAAACUUAUUAGAGGCUACUAUUAUUCAUAUGAUAAUUAUUAGUCAUUAUCAUUUUUGUGUUAUGUACUUACCAGUGGUGAUAAGUAUAUAAUAGAGCUAUUGUGACAAUACAUUAGUUCUAACUGGUAAUAUAAACAUUUAAACGCAUUUAAGGCUAAUAUACAGGAGUUAUUCGGUGUUCGGAAGUUACAACAAACUGGACAAUCACUUUAAAUAGUUGAGCUGAGAUAAGUUUUAACUAGUCAUAUAUUGAAGUUUACGGUGAGACAAUGAUGACAGUUUACAUUGUUGUUGUUUCCUGAUGGUGACGCCUCGUUUACAAAUCGCAAGACAAAAUUUCAAAACAAUGUGUUGUGGAUUGUUUUGGUUCAUGUAAUUUGAUAUUUUUUUAGCCGAUAUUUUUAUUUAUUUCAAUGAUAGCAUGAUCUAAAAUUCCGAAACAAAUGCCUAAAGCAAUACGUAAAAUGCUUGAAAAUGGAUAUUCCUAUGACGAACCCGAUCGAAUGCCGAAUAAUAUAAAUAUAACUUAUUUUGAUAUCUUCAUGUAUGUUGUUGCCAUUGUGGGCCACUUUAUAGACUUAGGAUUAGAUAUUAAUGUUGCCGUACAGUAUUGCUUAUCUCGUAAGAUGAUGGAAUUUGGUUGGACCUUAGUUUUUAUACUUUUACCGGCAUUUGUGAAUACAGCUGUUUCUGUUCGAAUGUACUCUCAAGACAAGCAGCAAGAUUCAUUAAGUAAUGAGUUCACAAAGAGAAAAUGGCUUCGAAUAUUCAUACUAGUUCUUCAAAUGGCACCUAUUCUCCGAUUUGCUGAUGCUCUCAUCUAUGCUAUCAAAUCUCGUCGAGCUGCCUAUAAACGUGAUCAGGCAUCCCAAAGAAUGUACUAUAGUUUAAUGCUAAAAGAGGAUUCUGAUGCAGCAUUACUUCGAAUAUUUGAAUGCUUUUUAGAAGCAGCCCCACAGCAAGUUUUACAGACUAGUUUACUGAUGCGACAGAAUGAUCAACUGGCUAUACAUCAACUGCUAUCUAUCUGCUCAUCAAUUGUGGGCAUGGGAUGGUGUCUUGCAGCUUAUCAGCGAGCCGUGAGAUACGCGCAGCAAAAUAAAAACAAUAUUACGUGGCAUGGCACUGUAUUCCAAGUGGCCUGGCAUUUCUUGGUUACAUUGAGCCGAAUCACAUCAAUAUCAAUAAUAGCCUACCUCUUUCCGUACUGGACUGUUCUUGCUUGCACUAUACAUAUUCUCAUAAUGACAACUUGGUUACAAUUAGUUGACCAAUCAACAUUUUGCUCUCAAAAUAAAUUAGCUGAAUUCUUCUUCUCUCUAGCGUUAGGAGCAGUAUACUUAUUUACAUAUAUUUUACCAGUUGAAGGACGGACAAGAUAUAGAUAUGCCUUAUACUACAGUACAUGUGGAAUACAAAAUGUUAUAUGUGGUAUUUUAUGGUUUUUAUUUGUAGAUGAAGAAAUGAGAAUAUCAAUAUAUUUUUAUCCAGUGCUAGUUAUAAGUAUAAUUCCAUACAUGUUAGGUGUAGUUUUUAUGUUGAUGUACUAUGGAUGCUUCCAUCCAAAAGUUAGUGUUACAUUAUCUGUUUCUUUUAAAGGUGAUGAUGUGGAAGUUAGUUAAAACUUUUUUUUUAAUAAACAGUACAAAAUGCAUUUCUACAAAUAAGUUAUAGUUUCACAAUUAGAAAGAUAUUACUCAUGCCACUAAAAACUAGUGAUAUAUUUUUU